AUGUCUGCCCCAGCCGAGGCCCCGCCAUCUUAUGCUGUGGCAACCGGCUCCUCCACAGCAUCAUCCAAACCCCAAUCAUCAUCACACCUCCAAGUUCCACAAGCCAAGAAUGGUAUCCCCGCGGAUGCCCGUCGGUCGAUGGAAGACCUGCAGAGACCGCUUCCCCAAGGCUGGCUGCGGCAAUACGACGCCAAGGAGAACCAUCAGUUCUUCGUCAACACCAAGGAAGACCCGCCCAAGUCAUAUUGGGAGCACCCUCUGGACAUCCCCGAAAUAGUCAGCAGUCUGUCCACAGAAGAACGAGAGAGGCUACAGGAUGAAGAGAACCAACUCCGAAGCAAGCAUCCCGUAUCUGCCGACCAUUCCGAGGAUGAAUCCCAUCACAUCGGGGGACCUUCCCUUCCACCUCGCCCGGCCGGAUCCCACCCACCAGGUCCUAAGAAGUCGUUUGGGGAGAAAUUCAAGGACAAAGUUACUGGCAUGACGCAUGAAGAACGAGUCAAAGAGCGACAGAUCCGAGCACGUGAAGAGCAAGAAUACUACGAAGCGCAUGUCCGAUUACGGCAAGCAAUGCAACGUGCGCAGAUGACUGGCCAGCCUCAGUUCUUUGCCAAAGACAGAGACGGAAGAGAAAUCUACAUUGAACCUCCGGGAGGUCCUGGUAUGGGCUAUGGCGGAUACAACAGAGGCUACGGGGUCAACCCUUACUCUGGUGGGCCGUACGCCAAUCCAAACGCCAGAUUUAUCAGACCUGGCUACCCCUACAAUCGGCCUUACGGUUCUUAUGGUGGUGGUGGCUAUGGCUUACCCAUUGCUGGUGGUCUGGUUGGUGGUCUCCUCCUGGGUGGUCUACUAUUCUAA